CGCACCCGCCGCACGCCCCGGGCCCUCCGGGUCCCGGAAGUCCGCGCUCCGCGGUCAUUGCGGGAGUGGCCUGACAGCCGCGGUCCCCGCCCGCGGCAGUCUGAGAAGAGCGCUCGUCGCCGCGGGUCCGAACCCGCGCCACGCCGCAUCCGGGACGGAAGGGGGCAGGGCCGCCGCACGGCGGAGGUAGGGCCCGGGCCACGUCGCGAGGCCGAGAGGCGGGCGUCGGACGCGGGCGGGCGACGCAGACACGGCAAUGACGACCCCUGAGACCCCAGGCGCGCCCGGGGACCCCGCUGCAGGAGGGGGCCGGGGCCCUGCUGAAGCCCCGCCGGAGCCCAGGCAGCUCCCGGAGCUGAUCCGCACCAAGCGAGACGGAGGCCGCCUGACCGAGGCGGACAUCGGGGGCUUCGUGCGCGCCGUGGUGGACCGCAGCGCGCAGGAUGCGCAGAUCGGGGCCAUGCUGAUGGCCAUCCGGCUGCAGGGCAUGGAUCUGGAGGAGACCUCGGCGCUGACCCAGGCCCUGGCCAAGUCUGGGCAGCAACUGCAGUGGCCAGAGGCCUGGCACCAGCAGCUGGUGGACAAGCACUCCACAGGGGGCGUGGGUGACAAGAUCAGCCUGGUCCUGGCACCAGCGCUGGCUGCGUGCGGCUGCAAGGUGCCAAUGAUCAGUGGACGUGGUCUGGGACACACAGGGGGCACCCUGGAUAAGCUAGAGUCUAUUCCUGGAUUCAGCGUCCUCCAGAGCCCAGAGCAGAUGCAAGCGUUGCUGGAGCAAGUGGGCUGCUGCAUCGUGGGCCAGAGCGAGCAGCUGGUUCCCGCGGAUGGAAUCCUGUACGCAGUGCGGGACGUCACGGCCACCGUGGACAGCCUGCCGCUCAUCACAGCCUCCAUCCUCAGUAAGAAAGCUGUGGAGGGACUGUCCGCUCUGGUGGUGGACGUUAAGUUUGGAGAGGCUGCCGUCUUCCCCAGCCAGGAGCAAGCCCGGGAGCUGGCGAGGGCGCUGGUGGGCGUGGGGGCAGGCCUGGGGAUCCGGGUAGCCGCAGCCCUGACCGCCAUGGACAACCCCCUGGGCCGCACGGUGGGCCACACCCUGGAGGUGGAGGAGGCGCUGCUCUGCCUGGACGGUGUGGGGCCGCCAGACCUUCGAGACCUGGUCACGAGGCUCGGGGGCGCGCUGCUCUGGCUCAGCGGACAGGCCGAGGCGCAGGCCGAGGGCGCCGCGCGAGUGGCCGCGGCGCUGGACGACGGCUCGGCUCGUGACCGCUUCGAGCGGAUGCUCGCGGGGCAGGGCGUGGACGCGGGUCUGGCCCGAGCCCUGUGUGCUGGGACCCCGGCUCAGCGCCGGCAGCUGCUGCCCUGCGCCCAGCACCAGGAGGAGCUGUGCUCGCCCGCGGAUGGCACCGUGGAGCGCAUCCGGGCGCUGGUGCUGGCGCUGGUGCUGCACGAGCUGGGGGCCGGGCGCAGCCGCGCGGGGCAGCCUCUCCGGCACGGCGUGGGCGCCGAGCUGCUGGUCACCGUGGGACAGAAGCUGCGCCGCGGGACGCCCUGGCUCCGCGUGCACCUGGACCGGCCCGCGCUCGGCGCCCCGCAGCGCCGCGCCCUGCAGGGGGCGCUCGUGCUCUCCGGCCGCGAGCCCUUCACCGCCCCCUCCCCCUUCGCCGAGCUCGUCCUCCCGCCGCCCGCGACGCACUAGCGCGGUCCGGCAGACGCCGGCGCCUCCGAGACCGCGGGUUCGAGUACGGCUGCAGCGCGUUGGGACCCGGACGAAGCUCCUGGCUGCGGCCGCUGCCGCCACUUGCGGAGAACCAGCGAAUGCAAAACCUCGCCCCGUCUCUCCCGCUCUCUGUAACGCUUCCAAAUAAAUCAACCUUUU